GUAGGUGUUGAAGUGCAGGUGACCAGAGGCACAUACUAAUGCUGGAAAGUGUCAACAAACUUACUUCUUGGUUUGCCUGUCGCUGAAGAAUGAGGACUGCUUUGUUUUGCUCCCUUAGAUGAUGGGUGAUUACCUUGUUAAGUUUAUAAUUGCCACAUAAGUGAUGUCAUGACCAAGUAACGCCACACUGCUUCUCUCGCUCUCUGAAAAUACCUCAUUUAUUCAGAUACAGCAAAAAAUGCACUUAGGAAUGAAAUCACAGGGUUGACCCCUGCUAGUUUUACAGGUGUUGUGACCAUGUGAUCUGUAGCUCCUUAUUUUUAAGUUCCUCAGAGUCACCUGUGAGGCCUUUUGUCCACAUCUCUGAUACCUCUUGCAGCUUUUUCUUGAAUUGAGCAAUACUUAGAAGAGGGCAGGUAAGUCCUUUGAAGACCUGUCAGAACAGAUCUGGUCUUAAAAUGAAAGGAAUGUGCUAGGACCCACCCCAGGGGCCUGAGCCCUCAGCCGUAGAGGUAAAUGGGGUUCUGGAGGAACAAAGGGUAUAAAACAACUGCUUGUAGAGGGGCUGGUUUGGGGCGGAGGGGGCCAAGGGAGCUUUUCAAUGGGCCUAGACAUCAAGCAGGUUUUUGGCUGCAGGACUGAACUACCCUGUUUCUUGAGCCAGCGGGCAGUGAGACCAGUUGACAGUGAACUGUUACAAUUCCUGGAGACCCUUUAUCAAUGCUGAUGCCAAGGUUGGACAUGACGCUCCCUACCAAGACCCUCAGCCAGUGAAGUUCCUGAAAUGCCUGCAGCUGCACAUUGCUGAGAUAAGCCUGUAGAUAACAGUAAAGCAAAAAGCAUGUGACUGAGAGGCUGGGCAGACAAAAGGCUGUGGCAGCAAAGUGUUGGUAUGAUGGAGGCUUAAGUUAUGGGAAGGUCCCAGCUGGGAACAGUAAAGAGGAGGUAUGAGCAAGACUGGGGAGGACAAGGUGUAACCUCUGAGUUCCACUGCCAGUUGGACAUUGCCUGCUCCCCAGCCCUUCCUAUUGCAAAGCCUGGAGUAAUUUCUUAAAAAUUCUUGCCCACCUUUGAGCUCUUGAACUAAAAUUAUCUUCACCAAGUGCGGCCUCUGACUCUUACAGAAUGUUUCAGCCCAAGUAGUUUGCUCUUGUGAAGACUGAAUCUGACAAAUAACAUUGACUUCCCAUAGAACAGCUCAUCAGGAAUUAGUAAUUCUCCGAGCAAUUCAGGGUGCAUGAUACACAAGGCAGAGAGCUCUGUAAAAGCUUGUUUUCUUGUUAACCAGCAUAAACAAAGUAUCCUUUGCAGCGAGGGGGCCACGAGCAACCAAGAUGUGACCAUGUCACUGAAGGUAGAGGCUAGAAACCCCUCGUGGGGUUUGGACUUGGUUGGUGAACUCUCGUUUAUUCCUGAGACUCCCUUUGCUGUAUGGUGUCCAGACUGUUUUCCCAGCAAGUGCUGCUAUACGUGACAGGUGGUCAUGGCCUCUCUCCUGUUCUGUAAUGCAGUGGCGGGGUGUUUGCCCUGUCCUUUUGGAGGGAGAAAUUGGUGUUGUCGGGCUUUCUUCAGCCCUGGAAAGCUCGGGAGUUACUGAACUGCUGCUACUGCCCUUCUGGGCUGCCAGAACCACCCUUGCAAGGUCUGUGCCCUGGGGCAGGGGAUGACCUGGCACAGCUGGGGAGACCAUCAGCGAUGGGGAGGGGAUGUGACAGGAGGGCUCUGCUGUGCCCGCCCCUGCCCUCCCCAGUGUUUUGGUGCUGUGGCAGCUCAGUGGGGUGUGGGAGCUGGGAGAGGUGGCCAGGCUCAUGCGUGCUGACAGAGCUUGGCUUCUUUGCGCCCUGGGGAUCCCUGAUACUGCAGGUGAAGCUGCUGAGGCUCCAGGAGAGGUGUGCAGACCCUCUCCAGCCCGGGCAUUUCACCCCUGAAACUGCUUCCCUUCUCUGCAGCCGUGCAGGAGCUGUCCCUCCCCAGGGCAGGGCUAAGCAUGCCUGCCCAGAGAAGGGGAGAGGAGCUGCCCAUGCUGCGAGGGCCCUGCAGAGCCUAGCUCUGCUGCAGCCUUCUCCCACGGGCCAAAGGAUUGCAGGGCCCCAGGACCACUGUCUGCAGAAGCCUGGGCAGGGGAGGGAUGUCCUCAGGGACUGCUCUGGGGCAGAGGAGCAGCAGGACUGUGGUGGAAUCACACCUACCUGCCUCUGCGUCCUCCUGCUGCAGCCCUGGGGACCCUGCUGUCCCCGUGCUGUGCCCUGUUAGUCCGGGCAGGCCUGGCCCCGCGCCCGCAGCCCUGCCCAGGCCAGGCUCCACCGGAGCCAAAGCAUCCGCCUCCUCUUUCCCGUUGCCAGGCCAACGCCGCGUCGGAUGCUCGCAGCCUCAGUGCGUCUGGGCUGGCUCUGCAGCAUCGCCGGGCAGCGUGCCCUGCGCCUCUCCAUGGGACGCGCAGCCGCCGGUGCCCCGGCUGCCUCCAGCAUCUGUCGAGUGCCUGCAGCCCCACGGGCGGGGGCACGGCACGGCCCACCGGGGCUGCGCGGCCAGGCACCGACUGACCGCCUGCAGCGUCCUGCUGAGGAGCCCUGCCGCGGACAGCAGCCCGGCCUCCUCGUGCGAGCCCCGGCGCCUCGUGCCCUGUGCAGACCAUGGCCCACAAGGAUGGUGAGCCAGAGAGUUCUCAGCCGCUGGUGUUCACAGCGCACGAGCUGGAGUGCAAGAUCUGCUACCACCGCUACGAUGCCCAAGCCCGCAAGCCCAAGCUGCUCAGCUGCGGCCACCGCGUCUGCACCAAGUGCCUGCGCAGGAUGGUGGCUCUGGGGGACGCGUCACCCCGCCGGCUCAGCUGCCCCUUUUGCCGCCAGGAGACCCUGGUGCCCGGUGAGGAUGUGCAGCAGCUGCAGGAUGACAGCAAGGUCCUGGCUGUGCUGACAUACCACGAGCGGGCCAAGAAGCGGGGUGCAUCCCUGUCCCCGGAGGUCAUCCUCUGCCCCAGUGUGCUGGAGCCCUUCGCAGAGCCCUCACCCAGCUCCGACUGCCUUGUCAUCACCAUCCUGGAGGUGCCCGAGGACAUGGCCCCACCGGAGGGGCUGGGCAUGCUGGACAUGAUCCGGCUGUACCGCCCCGCCAGCCUGGGCACGCUGCCCUGCCACGGCCCCAUGCGCAAGUGCCGCUCCUGGACGUGGCAAGCUGUGCCCCACUUCAUCCUGGGCAUGCUCUGCCUCAUCUACUUCAGCUCCCUGCCCUUCGGCAUCUACCUCCUGCUCAUCGAGCAGCACAGCCUGGGCAUCGUGCUCGUCAGCCUCGUGCCCUCCACCCUUCUCCUCUGCAUCUUCUACAGCUGCUGCCAGUGCCUGUGCCGCGAGGUCUUCGCCUUCCCCCCGCCCUGAGCUCGCGUGGCCAAGCCCUGCGCCACCUCGGAAAGGCCCCUGGCCCGCGGCUGCCCGUGGACGGGCGCCGUGCAAAGCGGGAUGAGCCGCUGGCUGGUGGGCAGGGGAUGGUGCUGCGCACCUGCUGGCUGCCCUCGCGGGGGGACGUGCGGCGCAGGGACAUGCUGGCAGCCCUGAAGGAGGCUUGCCGGGGCAGGUGGAGAGACUGCUAGCUUUGUAGCACCGGCCUGGGGACUCUCGCAGAGCAGCUCCACAGCACCUGCUUUCCUCUGCAAACUUGCACGCUGCCCCCGCGCAGCAGUGCCGGGAGCGCCCAGCUGCCGGCCGGAGAGGAGGCUGGCUGCUGCCCUCAGCGGAGGGCGGAGAAACCAAACGUAGCAGGACAGGAGGAGCAGGCGGCCCCUUCAACGCGCGAGAGAAAGGGCAGCCGGAGCUGGGACGCGUGCACGGGUGGAAGGACGGACAGGUGGACGGACGGACAGACCGAUGGACGGGUGGCAAGCGUGACAAAGUGGCGCAUAGCGCCGUGGCUGGAGGGGUCCCGGCAGCUGGCCGAAGCCUCGCGUUGGCAGGAGAAGAGCGGGCAGAGCCUGGGGGCUCCUCUGGCUGGACUGGCACCAGCACAGCUCCGUGUCCAUAGUGUAAAUAGUUCUGUCCAUGGCGAGUGUGCUCCUUGCAGGGUUUGUUUCCAUAGCAUCCGUGUUUCUUUUCCACAUGUACGAGUCCCGUGUUCGCCGACGCUGUUUACCGUAUCGGAGAGGAGCGGAGAAGAGGAGCUUCUUUGGUGUGUAAAGACGUCUUUGCAGCUG